GGCCGCUGGGUGUCGCCCUCGCAGCGGACACGGCGGCGCCGCUACCUCCGGGGGAGCCCCAGCCGGGCGGCGGAGGCGCCGUUGGAGCCGGUGGGGCUGUGCCCGGCCCCGCGCACGACCGGGCGCCUGUGCCGCGAGCGGAGCGCAGGCCACGUCUGAUGAGAAAUGGAAAUCUGGCUCAAAGUCAUCCUUCCUGUUGUUGACAUCACCUGAAAACUCUGCUGAAAAAUAUUUUCACUACUUUACUGCAAACAGCAGCUUCCCCUGAGGACUCAACACCCUGGCAGUGUGCCAUACUGUGGUACACAAACUUGCAGUUGCAGUCAGCACGGGAGAAGACUGAAGCUGGCAUCCCCAUUGUACCCAGCCAGAGGUUGCCCUGCAAGACACACCUGUGAAAUGUUCAUCAGAAAAAACUGAAGGGUAGAUCCUUAAGAGGGAGAGAGGCUGGAGCUGCGAGCUUUACAACCCUGCCACCGAGCAGCCGGCUGCCCACCCGCGCCGGGCUGUGCCGUCCCAGCCAAACAUCUCCUGGAGCAUCUCUGGGGUGAUGUGACUCAUCGAGCCGCGGGCACCAUCCCUGGGGAUGCUGCUGGACCUCCAUGCCGGGGAGGAGUGCCCCACUGCUGCUGGUCGGGAAUACUAAUCCUCAGUCAACUCGUCCUUUUCCACGCUUUGCUGAUGGGAUGAGCAAGUUGUCCUUGGAAGGGAUUGCCCCGUGGCACAGCGUCUGAACCUGUGGGCAUCACACCUGGCCGGCUUCCCUGGCGAGGCUGGGGAAAUAGGUGUUGCUUUCCCAGCCUGCCCCAGCUCAGGAGAAAAGGAAAGUGGGUCUUUCAGUCGUCUGGGCUUCCUAUCCUAAUUGGACGCGCUUUUCUGAGUUGCAAAUAAUCCCAACUGAGGAGAUGUAAAGCAGUCAGUGUGGGGAAUGUGACCUGUUGUGCGAACGCCCGUUUCCGAAACAGCCCGGAGCAGGAGCCAGGCUUGUAAGGUGACCGUCAUCCAGGAGAGGGGACCCACGGCUGCUGGAGGCUUGGACAACGUGGGAGACGUCUGUAAAAGACUGACGGCUGAACCAACUCCUUGCUAUGCUCUUAUACAUGAUGCGAACAGUGGAAGAGGCAAGGAGGCAAACUACAUGAUAACAGUCUGUCACUCCAGCGUGGCAGGGCAUGGCAAGCUGAGGCUGCUCAUGAUCUCCAGGGGACAUGUACUGCAGUAAUGGGAAGGCAGUGAGAGAGAGGGAGAAAAGUCAAACUAGAGAGGACGAUUUCCAGCACUUACCUUGUGUAGGUCCAGAGGAUGGCAUAGCAAUAACGUCACGGUCCAGGGAGCCAGGGUCCUUCUCGCCUUCCUACAUGCUGCUUGAACCGAUCCCAAGCCUUUGUUUUUUGGACUGGAGAAACCUGAAAACCUUUCCCUGCUAAUUCAUGAGCCAGCAGGAUGUGGUCGCCGUGCUUUCAGAACGCCUGCUUGUAGCCGCCUACAAAGGCCAAGUGGAGAAUGUGGUGCAGCUUAUCAACAGGGGUGCCAAGGUAGCGGUUACCAAGCAUGGCCGGACCCCCUUGCAUCUUGCUGCCCACAAGGGUCAUCUCCGUGUUGUCCAGGUUUUGUUGAAGGCAGGCUGCGACCUGGAUAUUCAGGAUGAUGGUGAUCAGACAGCAUUGCACCGGGCUGCUGUUGUAGGGAACACCGAUGUUAUAGCAACCCUGAUUCAAGAGGGGUGUGCUUUGGACAGACAAGACAAGGAUGGGAACACCGCUCUCCAUGAAGCUUCUUGGCAUGGAUUCAGUCAGUCUGCCAAAGCGCUCGUUAAAGCUGGAGCCAACGUUCUUGCCAAGAACAAGGCAGGUAACACACCCCUUCACCUGGCUUGCCAGAAUAGCCAUUCCCAGAGCACUCGUGUUUUGUUACUUGGAGGAUCUCGAGCAGACCUCAAAAACAACGCAGGAGAUACCUGUCUGCACGUGGCUGCUCGUUAUAAUCACUUGCCCAUCGUUAGGGUGCUGCUCAGUGCUUUCUGUUCUGUCCAUGAAAAGAACCAGGCAGGAGACACUGCGCUCCAUGUAGCUGCUGCUCUAAAUCACAGGAAGGUGGUUAAGCUGUUGCUGGAAGCGGGGGCUGACACAUCUGUUGUCAACAAUGCAGGCCAGACCCCUCUAGAGGUUGCCAGACAGCACAAUAACCCUGAGGUUGCGCUCCUCCUCACUAAAGCCUCACAGGUCUCACGCUUUAACCGUGGAAGAAGCCUGAGGAAGAAGAGAGAGAGGCUGAAGGAGGAAAGGCGAGCUCAGUCAGUACCACGGGAUGAAGUGGUACAGAGCAAGCAGGGCAGCGUCUCAGCGGCCGACGACACGCCGAGCAGCGACCAGCCACCGCAGAGGAAGAGCGAUCUGAAGGAUGAACCUCGGUCAGCCUCACCAGAUCCCAAAGGGAAGAAGAGCAAAAAGAAAAAGCCAAAGGAAAAGGUAUCAGCACUCUCAGACCCCAUCUCCCCAGCUGACCAGCAGACGCUCCCUCGGCCCCAGCAGAACGUGCCUAAGCGCAGCAGAAGACAUCCCUGCUCCUCCCCACCGCCUCCCCACGAGGUCCGAGCCUACCAGCUCUACACGCUCUACCGCGGCAAGGACGGGAAGGUGAUGCAGGCACCGAUAAACGGAUGUCGCUGUGAGCCCCUGAUAAAUAAACUGGAGAAUCAGCUGGAGGCAACAGUGGAAGAGAUAAAAGCUGAGUUUGGGACUGUACAAGACAAGAUGAAUGUUAAGCUGGGCCAGAUGGAAACGAAAACUCAACAUCAACUUCGUGUUUUAGACAAGCUCAUGGCUGAGCGGCUGUCUGCAGAGAGAACGGAGUGCCUUCACCGCCUGCAACAGCACACCGAGCUGGAAAAAAAUGAGGGGGAGAAACGGCAGAAUUCCUUGGUUGAUGAGCUGAAGACUUGGUGCAUGUUGAAGAUUCAGAAUCUGGAGCUCAAGCUUUCUGGAGAUUCCAGGUCGUCGAGACCAAAAUCAACUUUGUCCACUUGUGAGUCUCUUACCGAGACCCUGGAUACUGAGAACAACCCCCACAGUGCCAAGGACUGCAAAGCCAACCAGCCCGUGCUGCAGCCAGCCGGCUCCCACCAGCAUUCCUACAUCACGCUCCCAAACAGCCUCUCGGAAGACGGGGGAAGGAGCAGAGUCCAGAUGCCAGAACAGAGCUUUGGGCAACAGUUUUGCAUUCAACAAGACGGUGCAUCAGGUACAACCUCAUCAGGUACUUUGAUGUCAUAUUCAUUCAAAGGUACAGAGCAACAGUUAAUCGCUGGCGGACCAGUUUCUUCUGCCCCUGCUCAAGAUGUCAGGCCGAAGGACAAAGCUGUUAGUGCCAGCACAUUCUACAGGUUCCAGGAGGAGCUGCCCUCCUCCGAGCUUGUGGGGUCCAAAUUAAGACACGUUAAGGUUCAAGCUGCUUUGCAGCCCUUGACUGAACCUGCAAAGGCUGAACCGCAGAGCGGCCACUUCAUCGACAAGGGAACUCAGACAAAGAAGUCCAGCAAGAGCGGGCAGCCCAGGCACAAAGCUCAGCACCAUGCGGGGGCACAUCAGAGCCAGGAGCCGCAGCCCCCGGCACAGCCGCCUGCCCCCCCGCUGCGGGACACCUCCCAGGCCCUGGAGAUCACACAGUACUUCUUUGAGGCCGUCUCCACGCAGAUGGAGAAGUGGUACGAGCGCAAGAUAGAAGAAGCCCGGUGCCAAGCUAACCAGAAAGCGCAGCAAGACAAAGCUGCGCUCAAGGAGCACAUCAAAAGCUUAGAAGAGGAGCUCAGCAAAUUAAGGACUAAGGUGCGGAAAGAGAGCUAGCGCCUACCUGGCAGGGAAGGACAAGCAAUGGGACUCAUUUUGGAACCUGCUGUAUGGGAAGCUGGAAUACUGAGAUAUAUAUAUAUAUAUUUGUAGUGCCUGUUACACCCCAACAAAAUGCUCUUUUUCAGGAGUAGAAAUAACUUUGGGAACUCCAUAACCAAGAAUAAUUCAUAUGCAGACUGUACCGAUGACAAGAUGCUGCAGAUUAGAUAAUUUCUCUGUUAUUCCCAAGAGUCCGUUAAAUGUUGCACUCUCAAUUUCCAGGUGCUGCUUGAAAACAAACUGCUUUAGAAACCAAAACAGCUUUCUGAAAGGGAAUUUCCUUUUCUUCACAUAGGUCACAUGUAGCUCGAGGGUUCCACUCUAUGCUACGUGUAAACACCUGGUGAUACCAAUACUAAAAUUAAUCCAGGAUGUUUGAGAGCUUUUGACAGAAAUUCUGUAGUGAUGAAGGGCUACGAUUUUAGAAUAACUCCCCACGGUCUCUCUCUAGUCAGCGGAGAGAAGCUGCAGAACCAACUUGGAUGACAAGCCCAGGUAGGUGAUGGACACCGGGCUCCAGCUGGGCAGGCCUGGCUCCCAGAGUCACCUGCUAAGGUGGGUCACCCAUUAGGUACAGAGGCUUCAGCAGCUGUUUCCAUUUUCUUUUGGUUUUACAUAAUUAAAAUAAAUCUAAUUUAGCAUUUAUCUUUUUUUUUGCCCUGGCUGCAAAUCUGCUUGUGGUUACACGGUUGCUGGGGCUGCACUCCAGUAAUCUGAGAAGGUUUAUUUAGGGCACGGGUGGCAAAUAUUUUACCAUGACCAUGCUCUACUGGUUGGGUAUAACUUUUAUACGAAUCUCUUUUCUUUCAAGCAGCAAGUGGCUGAAUUCUCUACUACUGAAGCAGCUUAAAAGGGUCUUUUAUCUAAAUAAGUGAAAUCUUGGUUUCCUGUAAUCAAAUGUUUAUUUUUGCUGCAGUCGGGAUUUUUUCCCAGACACCUUGUCCAACUGUCUUCCUUUGUUCCUCCGAAUGAUUCCCUUCCCUGGUUUUUCCCUUGUCUCUCUAAAAAGAGAGGCUGGGCCCUGCUGGGUUUGCAGGACGUAGUAGACUUUCACAAACAGUCUCACAAAAUAGAACUCAACGACAUCUUAAAGUUUUUAUGGGUGUGUUUAGUUAUAAACUCAAAACUUGCAAUGAUGACCAAUAUUGUCCAGGCUGACAGACUCCAAAAAAACCAGAGGCACUGUUACUCGUUGCAUCUAAGUCCCUUUAGGGUUUUCUCCUUACACCUCUGAGAAGGCUCCAGCAGAUUCUGUAAAAAAGUCUACUUAACAAAUCAUGACAGAACAAUUGUUCAAAAACAAUUCAAACACAAGUUAAUACUGUUAUGCCCAGGGAAAAGAUUUUUUUUCUGUACUGAGGAGCCCUAAAAUCAAUACAAAAUACUUUACAGUACUGAAAACACCAUGGACUAAUUAGUCAUUUUUUCAUUUUCUUAACAGAUGUAAAAAGCAAAGAAGAUUGUAUUAUAUAACAAUAUUUUUAAGGUUCCUGUUAAUGCACUGUCAAGACAAAAAUGUAUAUCUGCAGUUAUGGAAAUACUAGUUUUAUUGCUCUGACUUCUGUAGUCUAAUAUAGACACUUUCAUACGUUUACAGUUUUGUUUAAGCUACUGUAGGAAUGCAGCAGCAUGCUAUUUAAGUUUUGUAUCAUCUUGAGAAAGUGAAUGUUUUGCCAAGCAAUUAAAACAAGUGUUGCUCCAAA